AUGGCCGAUCUCAGCGCAUGGGCAACUCCUCGCCUCUCCCAGCUUCUUCCUCUUGAUGAGGAGUCGCUGUCGCAGGUCAUCGAUUAUGCCGCUAGUCUCUCCAAGGAGGCUUGCGCCGACCACCUCAAAAACCUCCUCGGUGACUCCCCCGCCGCCCUCGAAUUCAUAAGCUCGUUCAACACGCGCCGCGAUGCCCGGCAAUCUCCCCAGACUACGCCAAGCCAGACGACCCAAAGCAGAGAUGCACCACGAACAUCGGGAGCUAAGAAGGGCAAAAAGAAGGCCCCGUUGCACAGCGCUGGUCCGCCACGCCGCCCAGACAACUACGGCAACGUUGGAGGUGGCUACAUGAAAGCAGAAGAGGAGGACUAUAUGUCCUCGCGCAGGCCAAACGCAAGCCUCACGCCAUCUCAGCCUUCCUCUUCACAAUCAUCGCGUGUACCCUCUCCCUUGCCCGUAUCAGCGCCGAAGCCGCCGCCAUCAGCCAACGGUCCUACAAUCUCGGAUAUGCUGCCAAACGUACGAUCAAAAACAAGCAAAUCAUCACGACAGACUGGAUCUGGAUCAAAUAACAAGGGUACGGCUUUGACGACAAAUAACAUCUCGGAUCUUACCGCAGCCAUCGCUGCGUUGGAAUUAUCGACGAACCCGACACUGGAGGAACGACGAAAAUGCACCUGCUACGCUUCUCUUCACCCGUUAUUCGAUCCAGCUCCAAAUUGUAUGAAUUGCGGGAAGAUAAUUUGCUCGCUCGAGGGCCUACAGCCAUGCUCCUUCUGCGGCACACCACUGCUCUCCGCAGAGGAAGUGCAAGAUAUGAUCCGAGAACUACGGGCUGAGCGGGGACAAGAGAAGAUGCGAGUGCACAAUGAAGGUGUUCAUCACGAAGGAGGGCCUAGGCCUACCUCCAAUGCCGGCUCCGCGUCUCCCAGUAAACUGGAUGCCGCCAAGGCUCACCGCGACAAGCUGCUUCAAUUCCAAGCCCAGAAUGCCCGCAGAACCAAGGUUGUCGACGAAACAGCUGAUUUCGAGACACCAAAUGUCGCCUCAACGUUGUGGAUGAGCCCAGUUCAACGCGCACUAGCACUCAAGAAACAGCAGCGCAUCCAACGUGAAAUGGAGGAGAAGGCCCGCCCUGAGUGGGAGAAGAAAAAGACAGUCAUGAGUCUGGAUAUCAAGGGUGGCAAGGUCCGUCGUGUGUAUCACAAUGCUGCGGCAGAUUCAACGCCAGAGGCCAGUGAGCCCGAGCCCGCCGAAGAAGCUGCCACAGAGCUUCCACGAGGUGAGCAUGCUUUCAGUCGAAACCCGCUUCUUGCAGCCGGUGGUCUUCUGCGGCCUGUUUGGAAGGCCCCGGAAGGGAAGAAGCCCGAAGCAGUGGAGCAGACUGAAAGAAAAUCGACUUGGCGACGUGUCCAAGAUGACAAUGACGACAACGAGCAGUGGAUUCUUGAUGGUGGAGUACACGGACACACUAUUUAG